AUGUGCCCACAUACUCUGGACGAGAUAGCAGACAGUCCAAUACUGAUGGUCACGGUCGACUUGCCUCACCCCGGCGAGAUCAGGCCACCUAUCGCGACCGUACUGACUAUCCCAGGCGAGAUGACUCCAGAGAACAAAGAUCGGCUCAUCGUGACAGGCGAAGAUCACCAGAGCGCUCGCAUCGUAGCCAUCGAGAUCGCCACUCCAGGUCACGAUCUCUCCAGCGUUCCAGCCGUCACCAUCAUGACAGAUACCGUUCUACGAGCCGUGAUCGCUAUCAUAAGACUCGUCACGACGAUCGAGCCAGAAGCGACAACGACUACAAGCGAGGUGGGAGACGCCCUGGAAGUCACAGGCGUGGUUCGAGAUCGCCUUGCAGGUCGCCGGUCUCGGUCGAGCCAUCGCCGUCCGCAGGAUCCCACACAGGAUGUCGUAAAUUCCACCAGCAUGGCACCUCUGACGAUGGAAUCAGUGGUGUUCGUUCCAAGGGAUCCUACCCCUGAGAAAUUGUCGGGGAAGUCCACGGACGGAGCCAAGCUUGUUUCGCCGCCAGCUACCGACAGACGGCCGACAGAGUUACAGCAUACGCCCAGCCCAAGGAUUCCAUCACCGGCCAAGCAAUCACUUCCUCCGACAGUACUAGAGACGCCAGCCAGCGGGACAGCACAUCAGCAGCAAGAAGAGAUCACCCCAACAAUAGCAGGACCCGAGCUGGCUAUGCUAGACCAGGAUGAUGAAGACGACGAGGACAAUGCCGACGGCGGUGUCAUGCUUAGCGACGACGGUUGGUUUCCUAGCUACGAAGAUGACGGUGGACCGAUAGCUCUGGAGACUGCUCAGCCUGAUGACAUUGGCGAGGUCAAUAAGCAGAUUGAAGAUGCCGAGCGUCGUGAAAAUCAACGUCAAAACGACUACCACGAAUCACUUGAUGACUUCGCCAGGCUAAUCAUAGUAGCAGAGGAUAUCGAAAGCGAAGGCCAUAGAUUCGGUGAGCCCAUGGUGAAGAUCCUGAGACAUCUAGAGAACACCGCUCUGGCUGCCGAGUUCGAAACAGACUGUCAGAUCAAUCGCACGACGAUGACGGCAGAUCUAGGCGCCGAUUUUCAGGAGUAUCAAAAGAACCUCACGGCAGGCGACAUCAUGACCUUGCUAUCGGAAGAUACAGGCUACGAUGCCUGGGCGACUGAUAGUUUGGUUGGAUUCAUGGUGGCUAUCGCUCAGGAGCAAGCUAGACUAGCAGAUAGUACCCAUUAUGUUGCAGAUCCAUCCGUCAUCCACAAUACCGCUGCACGAAGUGGACCUGGUGAGGAACGAGGUACGGUCAGACAGCUCUCGACCGCAGAAAGCGUGAAACAUCUGGAGAGGCUGAUUGCGGAUGCCCUACCGCAAGUCAUGAACCCUCAGCUAGGUCAUGACGUUGACUCCUUCCCGUUGCCCGAUAUGCCGGCUUGUACGAAUAAGCUGUCGCUGAUAUAUAACAUAGGUGAUCUACACUGGGUCCAUGUGCUGCUGACUGUCAACGAUGAAAGGACGGCAGGUACAAUCACCCUCCACGACUCAAUGGGCCGGAAGCCUGGUAACACGAAAGGACGUCGAAAGCUGAAGGGCAUGGCCAUGGAUGUUGUCGGACAGGAGCUACCCAAGCUAGCUCAUCUGAUCUCAAUGCGACCUUCCUUGGGCUGGCACAAGGUCGUCUGGGCUCCGGUUCAGAGGGCUGCCUCUCCACAACAGGUCAAUACCUCAGAUUGUGCCUUCUUCUCCUGGCUGUGCACUGUGCGAAGUAUCCGUGGUGAGCCAGUAAUGCAAGAAGAAGAACCGGUGUGGGCGGAGACGGAGCUUGGUGGCAAGAGUUUGCGCUGGAUCAUCAUGCGGGAGUUGAGCGUGAGAUUGAUGGGUGAAGAGGCGAGAGCGUUGUUCGUGGAGGAGCAUUCCUCGUCGUCUGGUGAGUCUCCUUCGCCACCACCUGAGCAGAACACGGGAGGUGGUGAUAGCUCGCCGUUGUCGUGGGGCCCCACCCCUUCGCCGCAGCAGAAUCGUCCGACGAGGAAGCCACGUUCAGCGGGAGCGAGGUCAGCGGGUAAGGCGUCCGUUCAGGAUACGGGAAGAGUGACAAGGUCCCAGACUGCGGCUACUGGUGUGGAGAAGACGAUGCGUCCGCCGGUACCAAAGUACAUCCCACGCGUGCGCCCAGUUCAACCGAGUCAGAGACGUAAAGGAGUCGUCCGAGUCACUGACAUAUAUCCGGUUGGUACUCAGCCAGAAGAUGUCUGCGAUCGCACAACGAUCUAUGAAUACAUGCAGUCGCAAGGGCAAGCAUUGACGAUCCAACAAAUCUGUGAGGGCGUUAGCGACAAGCUCGGUGAGCUCAGUGACGCUAUCCCGAUACUCACUAGAGUGACAAGCAUUGUUGAGAGUACACCAAGCUCUUUUGUAAUGGCUGACGACGCUGAAGAUGAUGCUGCGACAACGUACAGUAUACAGUCUGGGCCAGGCCGAUCUUUGGACCGGGAGACGCAACAGUUCCUCCUCGAAGAUCCCGUUAUGUGUACAUCUAUCCCCGAUGAUAUCGAGGCUCGGUAUCACUUGCGAGUCAGUUGCGCUCGAUACAGCGCUAAUCAACGAUGUGUGAAAGCCUUCGAUGGUCUGGAAGAGGCUGCGGAAAAGCUGAUGCAAGAGCACCAUUAUCGAUUCCAUUCGACAUCCACCAUGCCCACUCGUGUUUUCAAUGCUGCAGGUCUAGCCGCUGGACUCCAAAACCCGGAUGGUUGCUGGUAUCGCUAUGCAAUGUCACCUCGAUCGAGCAUGUCGCUGCCGUUUCAAAGUUCGGAUGACGAAGAAGUGGUAGAACUCUUGAAUGAAGCCAACGACAGGGCAGUCGACGAGAAGAAGCUGGAGAUUUUGCUCUUGAUGUACGCCUGGAACGGCCUCACCACCAAUAACGACGCUUGGGGCAUGUUCCAAAGUCGAUGGCCAAAUCUGAACUUCAGUAUCACCAUGGUUGUACAAGCAUCGUGCGUCGUCGAUCCCAGCCACUUCCGUAUCGACUGUGGAACCACCCCAGUCACAGCAUGGGGAUUCUACAGCGUCUCCACGCUCGCCUGGUUGUACGAGGCGGACGCCGUGUCUGUUGACGACAUCCGAUUCCUGGCCGAUGAUCCUGACGCCCUAGAGUGGACGGGAGACGACAACUUCCAGUGCAUCCACGGUCAUGCGCAGUUUCUGGAGAGUGUAGCCAGAGUACAACACCUUCGGCUCGAUACCAGCAACUUCCACAACUUCGAUCUGAGGAGGUUGAAUAGCAGACACAAUCGAGCCGCUCAACUCACCAGUUACAGGACAAGGAACUUCAUCAAUCUGGCACGCGAUCCUGCACGUGCGUGUGAGCUGCUUGCUUGCCAGGAAGAACAAGCCACCGACUGGAUUCGGGGUCAAUCGUCAAGCGUGGCCGUGAGAUGUGCGAGUCAUCCACCCGACCUCGGGGUCGACGAGGCUGCUAAUCAUGAAUCUCCCUUCCAAAGCCAAAGUUCCUCUUGGUGCUAUAGAUGUCGCUUGCUCCGCGCGAUCGAUCAUUUCGACAGCAUUGAUGGUACGGUGAGCAAACUUUGUAGUGACUGUCAAGAGGAGCAGUCCAAGCAGCAUGAUUCUCGGCAGGUAUGCUGCUCUUGUCGCAGACUGAAGAAUCCUUGGGCAUUCGUCUCCAACACUACAUCUUCUUGCACAGACUGUCAACUAAGGAAAAAGCAGCGAUAUGUGAGGCGCAAGGAAGAGUUCAUGAUAUCGGGCCAACAGUAUUGCGGGCGGUGCGCCAAGCACAAAGCUCAUUCUGCCUUCACGUCACACAGGAAGGGCAUGUGUACAAACUGCCAAGAGCAGGCCGUUCGAGCGGGUCUACAGUUUUGUGGAUCGUGCCGCCACGACCUAGCACAAGCUGAGUUCUCUUCUUCUACCAUGCGGACCUGCAAGCGCUGCUUGAAGAAGGCUGCUGACCAUUAUCGAGCACGUAGAGCGCAGCAGGAGACAAUCGCAUUGCCACAAGGCCAACGUUACUGCAACAGUUGCAAUAAGACGAAAGCCUCCUCGGAGUUCUCAUCUUCGUCUGUGCGUCAAUGUGAGCGUUGUACGCAGCUGAAACGCGAUACUUAUAAACGAAAGCAAGAUGAAGUCAAGCCAGGCCUCCAAUAUUUCACUCAAUGUAACAAGCACAGGGAUCGGAUUCAGAUGGCCAAGCGGAGACAGAAGGGAGGGGAUUGA